UUCAAAUUUUAAAAAAUCUCUAUUAAAAACCUAGUCAAGGGGAUAACCUCAAUACAAAUAUUCACGAUUCUAACAAAUUGAAAAUACUGGCAAGUAUCUAGCCCAAAGGAUAAAGAAACUGAGUGUGACUUAGAUCAUUUGGAUGGAACCCAGAUGGGUGACAGAGCAGAAGGAUAGUGAAAGGGGUUUUUAAGAGUAGGCUGGGGCUUUACAGUUUGGAUAUUCAGGUGUUUGAGAUUGGGGGAUUAAGUGUCCUGAUAAUCCGAAUUGGUAGUUUUGAAAUUGAGAGUUAAAAGAUAUUUGGAAAAUGGAGAAUUUUUAGUUGAGGAACAAUAGUUUUAUUCAGUUAUUAUUCAAUU